AUGCAGGCGACGGUCUUGUGCAUCUUCUUCUUGGCAACAGCUUGGGCUAUACCCGAGAGUGACUUUGAGGCAGAAUUCAACAGGCUCUAUGUGGAUCCAUUAAUUGAUCAAAUUGCUGAGGAUGUGUCAUCAAGAAUAACCCAAGGCGUAGAAGCUGUUCCACAUUCCAUUCCAUUCCAAGCUUACUUAAGCAUCUCAACCAAUUCUAAGACGUCGUUGUGUGGCGGAUCCCUCAUUUCUCCAAAACACAUCCUGACAGCUGCCCAUUGCAUAGAAGGCGCCGUUACAGCAACCAUGUAUCUGGGUGCCCACAAUUUGCUAGAGCCUGAUAACUGCAGGAUUACCUUGAAAAGCAAGACCUUCAUCCUCCACGAAAACUUUGACAAAUCAACAAUCAACAACGACAUUGGAAUCAUC